AUGAAGGCUAUCACAUCCACCUUCGCGUCCAUCCUAUGUGCUCUUUGUUUCUCGACCUCCUCGACGACCAUGAAUAUGGAGGACCCCAUCGAGAUGGUCUCACUUUCACGUCGCGGCCCGAACCCCUCGACGACCGCAGAAACGGAGGAACCCAUCGAGAUGGUUUCACUUCCCCUUCGCGGCCCGACCCCUUCGACCACUCCCUCGACCACCCUCUCGACGACUGCGGAAACGACGAACCGCAACGAGAGGUCUUCACCCUAUGUGGGCUUCCGGACCGAGGACGUAAAGAGACUCAAGAAAAACACGGCGUCAUCCGGUUUAGAGGUCACUAGAGGCAUCAAAAGGAAACUCAGAUGGGCUCACAAAAGACCUGAGAGGACAUGGACGAGCGAGAAUUCCUUGGAAAAGGCGGCAGGGCACUGGGAAAAGUCCAGGGCAAGAGAAAGAGACAGGGAGGCGAUAAAGAGGCAGGGGUUCGUGCGAAAGGAACUUGGGCAGCGCCUCUUCAUGAUGGAAAAGGCGAGGGCGGCUAAGGAGCAGAGGAAGCCGGGAUAA